AUGAGUAUCAACCUUGUCCCGGAGCACAUAUCCUACGGACAGGCUUUUGCCAACACCCGGGAGCCCUACAAGAUGCUAGAAAUCCUUGCAAAUAACCCGCAUUCCCUGAAUACCGGCAUCGUUGACAUCGAAGUCAGACCCGUGCCCGUGGCUAUAAAGCCCAAGGGAAAAGCCAGUGAAGGACUUGGGGGUUAUGAGUUGCCUUCCGAACGAGGUCGUUGA